GAAAGACCUGGUGUCUGCAUUUUCUUGAUUUGGCAACCAAAAUGUCGGACUCAGCCGAGGCGCGUUUUGAGGUGUUCAAUUUACAAGACGGCGACAGACUCCACGUUGUUGAGAUCUGUGAACCUGAACUCAUCGAAGAUGUAGUUCCCACGGAGAUCGAAGAGUUCAUCGAAGAAGAACAAGUUGCCAUUGAGCCUGAGAAGCCCCUCUCCCCUCUCCCCCCUAACUUCCAAAGUCCGACUCCCAAGUCCCCAAACCAUCACUAUCCAUCAAGAAAUCGGUACAGGCAUACAUACUUCAACAUUCAACCUUCAACAAGAAAUACAAAUAAACCACUACAAUAUCAACAACUACCUCGUCCUUCUAUCCAUUCAAAUCAUAUCUAGUACAGCACAGUACAGCACAGCACAGCACAGUACAUAAUAUAACGAUGACA